ACACACACACACACACACACACACACACACACACACACGCACGCGCGCGCGCGCGCUCGCGGGGCGGGGAAGCCUGGCUCUGUUAGCAGAGCGGAGCAGCGUUGGUCACUCCCAGGACUUCGCUCCGCUCCUGGCUCUCCUUGGGCUCCGGCUUCCGAGGGCGGUGCGCCCCGAGGCACGCAGGCGGCUCCCAGGCUUGCUCCCACCCACCGUCACUCCCCUCCGGGGACAGGAUGAGGGGGCUCGUUCCGCUGACAGCUCGCCAGCGUUUCUGAAGCCGGAGGAGGACAGAGGGGAGAACCGCACACCCUCUCUCCUGCUCGCCGGGACCGGAGCAGAGAAGGAGCCAUGAAGCCCGCUCCGUGCAGGAUCCUCCUCUCGUUGCUGCUGUGGCUCCUGCUGGAGUGCACAGAAGCCAAAAAACAUUGCUGGUAUUUUGAAGGAAUAUAUCCAACAUAUUAUAUAUGCCGCUCCUAUGAAGACUGCUGUGGAUCAAGAUGCUGCGUGCGGGCUCUGUCCAUACAGAGGCUCUGGUAUUUUUGGUUUCUUCUGAUGAUGGGUGUUCUCUUCUGCUGUGGAGCUGGCUUCUUCAUUCGCAGGAGGAUGUACCCUCCUCCACUAGUCGAAGAACCAACGUUUAACGUAUCCUACACCAGGCAGCCCCCUAACCCAACAGCAGGAGCCCAGCAACCAGGCAUGCCAUAUUACACUGACCCCGGAGGAGCUGUGGUGAACCCAAUGGCGAUGGCUUUCCACGUCCAGCCCAACUCACCCCAGGGCACCCCAGUUUACCCACCCCCACCCUCCUACUGCAAUACGCCGCCUCCCCCCUAUGAACAGGUGGUGAAGUCCUCCAAGUAGUGGUGAUGGAAGGCCAGGUGAUUUGAUGCUGUGGGGAGAAGGCACCAUGGGGCAGUCCCAGGGAGCUGAGGGAGGGGGCCUCGGCAUUUCUGAGAUACUAGUCCUUCUACCCUCCCUACCCCCAUCAAUGUUAGUCACAAGGAAUGAUCUUCUGGGCUGCCUGUGGAUCCAUUUCCCUUUGAUGUCUUCAAAGCAAGCACAAUGCCCCUUCGGAGGGUUUUAUGGAGACCUCUCUUUUAAAGUCACAUUGCGUGUGUGUGUUGGUGUUUUCUGUUUAUUUAUUGUUUCUGUUUGUUUCCCAGACCGUUGAAGCACCGGGGCUGAGGGUGGUUGUUGUUCCGGGGUCUGUCAGAGCCAUGAGACGCUGUGGCCAUGCCCUGAGGGCAGUAGCACUCAGUGGUCUUCUGCAGACCUAAAAGGGAAAGCUAGUCCAAGCGUAACAACAGUGUGGGAGGUCCUGGGAGGGAACAGAUCUUUCUUUUCUGGUUUUAAGGGCAGAGAGGAAACAGCUCAAGAUGGAGCCUAGCAUUUCCAUGACAAGUUUUGUUCUGCUGGACAGAAAGGUCUCUGGCCUUGGGAACACUCAGGUCCAGCUCAGCUCAACCUUUGACCCAUCCACUGGUGCAGAGAUGACAUGUUUUGGGAUCACCUGUUGGCAGUGGAUCUCCUGUUAGCGCGUCUCCCUUCCUUUCAUCGGUGUUCAAGGUGUUCGUACUUCCUUCUUAGGAGUGGGAAAAGGGAAGACAGAAGAGGAGAAUGCCAUCUUAAGAAGCCUCUCCAUCACUUCACCAGCUACAUUCACACCCCAAACACUUAAUUCUAGACGCGGAAGGAGACUAAAGAGCUCAUAUUUCAUGUAGGGUAAAGAUCAGAAGGAAAUUAACGGCCCACUCAGAGUCCCACGGUUCUCCAGAAAUCAUUAAGGGAUGUGGGAAUUCCUGGAAAACACAGUAAUGUGUUUUUAAAACCAGUGUCUUUGGUUGGAGGAAACAGCUUCCCUUCACCUAUGGCUCAUUGGAAAGACCUUUCCCAUGUGAUGAUGACUUGAUGAUGACCCCAUGGCCCUUCAGUAAGAACUGUGGAUCUAAAGGAGAGUGAACCAUCUCCAGAUUAUCCUUGUGUUGGUUUCCCAUGUCUCCUGCCAGCCAUCCCACCCUUCCCUAUGUUCAAAGCUGCCCCUAUUUUCUUCAUGGAAGCACUGCUGUUUUCUGAGAGGUCUCUGGGUAGAAAUGAUCAACAGUUUCUAAGUGAUCACUCCUGGGUUCAGAGGCAUGUAGAAAGUGACCACCCCUCCCCCUAAUGUGUUAUUUAAAUAAUUUUUAUUGAUAGCCUUUGUUUUUAUGUCAUCUGUAUUUCCCAAUGAAUCCUCCCUCCCCACAAGAAUUAUCCUUUAUAAAGAAGAAUAGAAGGAAAACUAACCAACAUAUUGAAAAAAGCUUGUUUUUAUAUGCAGUAUUCCACACUCAUAGUCCUCCACCUCUGCAAAGGAGUGGGUCCCAUAGUAUUUUGGUUUUUGUUUUAG